AUGGAUAACUACAAUCUGGAAUCUGCUAACAAGAAUUUCAAUCUUGCUGAUAGGGACGGUGAUGAGGAACUCAAUAUGGGGGAACUGGAGGAAGCUCUCUCUAAGAUGCAUAUGUACGUGACGCCUCAUGAGGUGAAAUGCGUGAUGGAAAAAUUCGGUGAUCGUGAUCUUAAGACUCUCAACUUUCCUCAAUAUCUCUUAAUGUUGCAUUCGGCUCAUAAGAUACAACACAUGAGGAAAUUUUUUGAUGAAGCCGACGAGGAGAACACUGGCCAAGUGUUUAAAUUUCAGGUACACACGAUUCUUCAAAGACUUGGAGCGGAAUUCUCAUCGGAAGUAGCAACGAAGAUAAUGAACCGAUUCAGUCAUCUGAACAAUAAUAAUGUGGUGGAUUUUGAGACAUUUUGCCUCUUCAUAUCAGCAUUGGUCGUUUUCUUGUACCAUAAGGGGCCAACCAAGCGGGUGACUGUAUCACCAGCGGGUUGGAAUGAGACCGUAAUGGUAAUACAUUCUGUCAUGGGGGUUGUUUUGACUAAUAUAUUGGUGUUCUUCCCGUUAAAAAAAGAAGCUGAUGCAGCCAGCAAGAUUUCAAUGCUGUUUGUAAGCAAUCCCAUGAAAAACCUAAAAGCUAUUGCAUAUGACUUAGCGAUGCUGGUUCCCGCCAUUGGCUGGGCAGGGUUCUUCAUACUGGCUUUUCUUUCGAGAGGAUAUUUUACGGGAAAAGUGAUGGAUUGUCUAUCGAUUGCAUUUGGAUCUGUACUACUCGGGUGUCUCAUGUACUACGUGAUUGGUGGCCCAGGAACGAUCCUAGUGGUUUCCGGGUGUCUCGCUAUUGCUGCUGGCCUCUUUGCUAUGCGUAACUGGUGA